AGCCCCCCUGCCCCAUCUGCACAACCAGACAAAGGGCGCCUAUCAAGCGAAAGCCGUUCGGCCUAUAUCAACGCCAUCAUGGUUCCGGAAGCGACGGAGCUGCCUCGGCUACGCUGCCCCAAACCAGACGUGUCGCGCUACCAACAUCUGAUAAGGAAAGAGGAGGGCGAAUCGCCAGCAGUGCAAUAUUUCUUUGCCUUGGACCUUCGGCAAUGCCUGCCCAAACUUCCGCGCCUCAUCGGCAGCGCUAUCGAAGCCAUCCGCUUGCUCGGUCCCCAGGCCUGCGCCUUGUCCAUAACCGAAGGGAACUCGGACGACGGCACGGCCGAAGUCUUGGCGGCCUUGCGGCCAGAGCUCGAGGCCCUCAAGACCACGUACUACUACCGGUCGAGCGCCAUCAACCCGCAGGAAGGAGAUCGCAUCGCCAGGCUAGCUGAGCUACGCAACCUAGCCGUGCAGCCGCUCGUCGGCAAGGCGGAGUCGGCGAGAUUCUCGGCCGCGGAUACGACCGUCGUAUUCCUCAACGACGGCGCUGACAUGAAGUGCGCCAUGGACUGGACGUACGCUGGCCGGGACCCGACCUUCUACGACGUGUGGGUGGCGCGCGGCAUGACGGGCGAUUCGUUCUUCGAGAUCCCGGCCGACGGGAACUGGGACUCGGCGUGGAACCUGUUCUGGAACGACGCGGCCGCGGCGGCGCGCUUCGCCGCCCGCCAGCCGUUCCAGGUGUUUUCGUGUUGGAACGGCGCCGUGGCGUUUGCCGCGGCGCCGUUGAUGACGAUGGGCGAUGGUGAUGAUGAUGACCAUGGUGGUGAUGCCGGGAAAGGACCCGUGCCGUUCCGCCGCGCGCGCGACGGCGAGUGCUUCGGCGGCGAGCCGCAGCUGUUCAGCAAGGACAUGUGGUUCCAUGGCUAUGGCAAGAUAGCCGUUGUCCCCGCCGUCAACCUCGAGUACUCGGACGAGCGCGCCCAGCAGAUCAAAGACGCCAAGGGGUACACGUCGACCUAG